AUGAAGGACGAGGCGGCCAUGAAGGCACGGUUCGAGGAAUGGAUCAUAGAGUAUGGCAAGAGAUACAAAAACAAGGAGGAGACGGCUCGGCGCUAUGAAUUGUUCAAGGCUUUUGCAAAUAUGGUGGUCAAGGCAAUCGCAGAAGGUGGGGCCGUCUUUGUCACAAACCAUACUGCAGCUUGGACCGAGGAAGAGUGCCGGUGUCUGUAUGAUAGUGAUGUUGACUAG